UUCUAGACGAAGGGGCAGCACGGUCUAGCCAAAUUUAAAAUCUGUUGAAUGAGGUUUUUUUUUUUGUGUUGCAUGGUGUUUGGCGUUUGUUUUGUGCUUACUGGAGUAGAUAUCUAGUCUGACAACUAUUACUCGCGUUAAUCACACGUGCAUGCCUUCCUUGGGUCUAGUAAAGCCCAAGUGAAAGACUGAUGUACAAGACGGAGUCGCUAGCUGAUACGCCGAGCGUGAAGCAUUCAUUGCGAAGUGUUGUCCCAAAGCACAGGAAGGACAAAGAAUUUAAAUCUCUGUUUCAGCGGCAGAAUGACGUGCUGUUGGACGAUUAUUCGUGCGCGUACAUCGUCAGAUCACUGAUACAGCACGGGAGGCUGUACAUUUCAGACGCGAGCAUCGCCUUUUAUUCGUACAUAUUGGGUCGAAAAACUACCCUAAUCUCGUUCGACGAAAUAAUCGGCGUGUACAAAAAGAACACAGUGCUUUUGAUUCCUAAUGCUAUCGAGGUGGUGACCUACGAGAACAAGUACUACUUCGCCUCGUUCGUGUUUCGAGACCAGGCCUUCAAGCUGAUAUCAAGCACGUGGUCCAGCUACGUUGAUAGACGCACUGGCGACAGGCAGUACCGGGUGGUGCACAGCGAUAAACAGGGCGCGUGUCUGCUGUUCGAAAACAAGGACAACGCCAUGAUCCAGGUGCUGAUGGGCGACGCGGGCGGUUCAGAGAAGGUCGGAGACCACCUGUCUGGAGAGAAAGAGCCGGGCGCACUCUGCGAGGCGGAGGACGCGUUGCUGGACGAGCAGAGGGCAGUUGAAGACAGCAAGGAAACUGAGCAGACGGACAGGAUCGAAAAAAGAGAAAAUGAUAGAAAUAUUUGCAAGAAAGGCAAAGGCACUGACGACACCUAUUUGGGCGUUGACGCCAUAGAACCUCUCGUAGAAGAAAACAGGAUAGACGCCAUAACUGCCGAAACGCUAGGCGUGCCGGAAAACGCAUCGUGCUCUCAUAUGUCGGGAUCCACCAAAGAUUACAAAAACAACUUGGCAAGCAUAGACUACGAAGACAUCCCACUGACAGCGUUCUUCGAAAAAAUGUGGAUGUCAAGGGAUUUCUGGAUCGAACACGCCGAUCAAAUGAACUUCGCCAACCUGGAACUCGGCGAUUGGAAACCUUCGGACCCACAUUGCUGCCUCAUGCGAACGCUGAAAUACAAAGUCAUCCUGUCGACUCCGCUGGGCGAAAAAAACGCGGAAGUGGAGUGCCAACACUACAUGAACUGGCAGAACGGAUCGCUGGUCGUAGAAACCUUCAACGUAACCAACAACAUUCCUGUCGGAAACGCGUUCGUCGUAUGCGAAAGGUGGCAGAUGACCUCCAAAAUUAGCCAUGAAACAUCCAUCACCCACCUGGAACUCUCUAUGGGUAUUCAGUGGAAGAAAAACGUCUGGGGACUCAAAAACACCAUCAAAAGUAAAUCCAUCGAAGGCUCCUCCAACUCCUGGGAAACUGUCAAAAAACUCAUCGAGAAAACGUUCAGAUCCUUCACCGAACAGCAACCACAAGUCUUCAAAAGCCACGAAAUUUUGCCCAAUCGCCUCGUCCCACUCUCUCCUGAACUACCCUCCAUCAAAAAAAAGCCCAGACACCGACGCAACAGCAAGUCCUUCAAUUCCGGCCACUUCCUCCACGCUAUCGUCUCCUUGCCCUGCGUCUACAUUGUCCUCUUUUUCCUCUCCAUUCUCGUCUCAAUCUACCUGCUCUACAACUUCUGCUGCGCCCGCUCUUCAAGCUCGGACCUAACUUAUCAACAGCACUUCCUCCGACUCGAGCAGCAACUCCACGAUCUGGACGCGCUCGUCAGCACCGUACUAAAUCUCACCUCUUCCUCCAACGACACCAGGCGCCCGUGCGUCUGCUCCGCUCCCCCCACGUGAGCGCCUCUUCCAUCCACGUUCGCGUCUAAUAAAACCCCCUUUCACCGGCUCAAA